AUGCGCGCCAUUAUCGAUCAAAAGCAACGCGCCGCCAACCAUGCGCGGGCGGCCCGGCUUGGUGUUGCCGGAGCCGAUUUCCUGCUGGUGCAUGCGCUCGACGAGUUGGCCGACCGGAUUGCGGUGACGACGCGGUCUUUUGACCGUGCGCUGGCGAUCGGUCCGCAUGCGGACCGGAUUGCCAGGACGCUCGCCGCCACCGGCAAGAUCGCAUCGGUCGAUCGGGUCGUCUUCGAUGGUGACGAGACGCUGGAUGUGCCGGAGGCGGGGGCCGAUCUGGCCGUCUCUAUCCUCGACCUGCACGAGAUGAACGACGUGCCGGGAGCGCUGGUGCAAAUCCGGCGCGCCCUGCGCCCGGACGGACUGCUGCUCGGUUGCGCGCCGUCCAGCGGAACGCUGAGCGAACUGCGCGAAUGUCUGACCGAGGCGGAGACGAUGGUCUCCGGCGGCGCGGCGCCGCGCAUCCUGCCGUUCAUGGAUGUCCGGGAUGGCGGCGGGCUUCUGCAAAGGGCCGGGUUCGCGCUGCCCGUCGCCGAUCAUGACACGGUCACGGUGCGCUACGACAGCGCGCUCGAUCUGAUGCGCGAUCUGCGCGCCAUGGGAGCGGCCAACGCGCUGGUCGCCCGCCCAAGGCACGUCACCCGGCGCGCUGUGCUUUUCGAGGCGGUGCGUCUUUAUGCCGAGCGCCAUGCCGAUCCCGAUGGCCGGGUGCGCGCGACGUUCUCGUUUGUCUGGAUGUCGGGCUGGGUGCCGGACGCAAGCCAGCCAAAGCCGCUCAGACCCGGCAGCGCAACCCACUCCCUGGCCGAGGCGCUUCGGUCCAAGCUCUGA